AGGGGGACGUCCCAGCUCCCAACUUCCUGAGGAAAACACAGACACCCUCAUUUGAAUAUCCCAUUCCCACUUCUAGAAAAUUCUCUCUGAGGAUAAAUAGAGCAGGAGAGUGGGUUACAGUUACACUAUCCACAGGACUCAAGUCAGAGGAGAAACCCUGCAAAGUUGUGCCAGAAUGAAAAUCGCAGACAUCAAAACAUCUCAAGGCUGCUACAGUUGCUUUUGGAGACAGACAGGAUGUGGAUGACUAACGUUGUAGCGCUUUGUCUGCUGGCCCUCGUGGCCUCUGCAGAGGAAAAGAAGCUGAGCAGCCAUGCCGCCACGCUGGCCGACAAAAGCACCAACCUGGCUUUUAGCCUCUACCACAACAUGGCAAAGGAGAAAGACACGGAGAACAUCCUCAUCUCUCCAGUGGUGGUGGCAUCCUCUCUGGGGAUGGUGGCUCUUGGUGGAAAGGCCUCCACUGCCUCUCAGGUCAAAACUGUCCUCAGUGCAGACAAACUGAAGGAUGAGCAUCUGCAUGCAGGGCUGUCUGAGCUGCUCUCUGAGGUGAGCAAUGCCAAGACACGCAACACUACCUGGAAGAUCAACAACCGCCUCUACGGCCCUAGCUCUGUCUCCUUUGCUGACGAUUUUGUGAAAAACAGCAAGAAGCACUACAACUAUGACCAUUCAAAAAUAAACUUCAGGGACAAGAGGAGUGCUGUAAACUCCAUCAAUGAAUGGGCUUCAAAGUCAACAGAUGGCAAGCUGCCUGAGGUCACCAAGGAUGUGCAGAACCCAGAUGGAGCCAUGAUUGUCAACGCCAUGUUCUUCAAGCCUCAUUGGGAUGAGAAGUUCCAUGAAUCAAUGGUGGACAAACGUGGUUUCCUGGUUACUCGCUCAUUCACUGUUGGAGUUUCCAUGAUGCAUCGUACAGGUCUGUAUGACUUCUACGAAGACACAGAGAACCGUAUUUUUGUGCUGAACAUGCCUCUGGGCCAGAAGCAGGCCUCCAUGAUCCUCAUCAUGCCCUACCACCUGGAGCCCCUGGGACGCCUGGAGAAAGUCCUGACCAGGAAGCAGGUGGACACUUGGCUCAGCAAGAUGGAGAACAAAGCUGUGUCCAUCUCUCUUCCUAAGAUUUCUUUGGAAGUCAGCCACAAUCUGCAGAAACACCUAGGUGAGCUCGGCCUGACUGAGGCUGUGGAUAAAGCCAAGGCUGACCUGUCCAACAUCUCUGGAAAGAAGGACCUCUACCUCUCUAACGUCUUCCACGCGUCGGCCCUGGAGCUGGACAUUGACGGAAAUCCUUACGACACCAGCAUCUUUGGCACCGAAAAGCUGAGGAACCCCAAACUUUUCUAUGUAGAUCACCCCUUCAUUUUCCUGGUGAAGGACAACAAGACCAAUUCCAUCCUUUACAUCGGCAGAGUGGUUAAACCUAAAGGAGAUAAGAUGCGUGAUGAGCUAUAAUGAUGUUGUGAAUCCUGUUGGGUAGCUUUGUAAAAUGAUUUCAGGAUCCUGUGUGUGUGUGUGUGUGUGUGUGUGCUUCUUGGUGUGACUGUUACCUCAUGAGCACAUUCCAACAGACAAUCUGUGGACUGAAUAUCUGAGCUUACUGUUUUUAGAUGCACCAAACAUUCCCAGGGAACAAUUUUUUAUCUAUAAAUUGCAGUCUUAAGCCCCUUUUGGAUUGAAUAUUGUUCUUAAUCACAUAAAGAAACAUAUAAAUGUACCUCAUUUCAGAUUUAGCCAGAGACAUAAGGCAGUUGGCACAGCAUACAACAUGCUUAUAUUAAGUAUGAUCACUUUUUCUUUACAUCCUAUUUUUGCCAGUGUUGGUUGGCCAUGAUUCAAGUGCGUUUUCUUGCAUUAUCUUUAAUGUUUAAAGAAAAAAAGAUCAUUGCAUAAGCUUGUUUUACAGUUCUGUCCCACACCUUUCCCUUACUUUGCCUCCAGUCUGCACUGCACUGAAUUGUUCCUCUGCACAAGCUGAGCUUGCAGUGGAAAGGUGGCAAACGUCGAGUGCUUGAUUUAUGUUCACUUGCUACCCAUACUAUGUCAUUUUGUUGCGGUAGGUUUUUUCCACAAAGAAGCUGUUGGAAUUGUGUGAUUAUGUAAUAAUGUGUUGAUUUUUCAAUAAAAAUAAAUA